AUGGCUGUUAGUAGGUUCGAAUUCCGUCUCUCUUGUUUACUGAAACGAGCGGAACAAGACAACACAAGUGAGACCGAUGGUGGGAAAGUUGCCUUCAGACAUUAUUGGUGGUACUUACCGUUGAAAAUGGCAUAUUUGUUGUCACAAGGGUUGUUUACGAGGGGACUGUUAAGGAUGAUCCCGCUCCCGACUCCCCCAGAUGGCAGUGGGUGGCAGGUAGCCUGUCGGUCAGUCGUUGGGGGCGCCGGGGUGUCUCUUCUCGGACCUUCCUAA